AUGGCUCGUCUUGAAGCUAAAAAGCCUCCGUUAUUUAUUGGUGAACCUUUAACUAAAGAUACUGUUAGUCAGUCACUGUCCCUGCUAAGUGGAAUAUUCAAGUCCUGCUAUGGUCCUGCUGGUAGACUCAAACAGCUCCACAAUGGUGGGGGGGGCUGUGUGUGCACAACUUCACAAUCAUCAGCCUUAUUCAGUUGUCUUUCUGUCAGUCAUCCUGUGUUAAGGGUUUUGACGGCCUCUGUACAGAACCAUAUAUCACGCUUCAGUGACUGUGGCUUAUUUACUGCCAUUCUUUGCUGUAACUUGAUUGAACACUUUAAAAGUCUCAACGUUGCAUCUUGCACUGUCAUUAAAAUAAGCAACCAUAUUUUGAGUUUAUGUAUGGACUACCUCAAAUCUGAGGCCUGUGCUUGCCGAGUAGCUGUGGAUUUUAGCAGCAUUGAGACUCUUCUUUGUUUGGUACGUAGCAUAUUAAAGAGCAAGCCUGCUUGCAUGCUUAAUAAACCAGAAGUUGAUCAUCUCACCGCACUGAUUUUAAAGGCUUUUAUGUUUACUGUUCCAUGUCAUGUUGAGACAAAUGCUGUUUUAGGAAAGUGUGUCAUAGUACCUGUGAAAGGUAGAAGAGUUGUGGAUUCUACAGUUCUUCCUGGACUGUUGAUAGAAGCACCAGAAAUUCAAUUGGCAAAACCAAUUACUGUCAAAAGAACUUGUUCAGAUAUGAUCAAGACAGCACUUUUCUGUAUGUCCAUGUCGGGAGACCUUUGCAACUCUGAAGGAGGAGUUAUAACAGUUCCUCAAGGAAUUUGUCUAGAAAUGUCAGAGCUGAAUCAGUUGCUUAAUAUUGGAAAACAGCUGGUUGAUGCUGAGGUUGGCCUUGUGGUGUGCCAGAAAGUUAUCCAUCCCUCCUUGAAACAGUAUCUGCAAGAGAACCAGGUCAUGGCUGUGGACAGAGCUGGGCUGUCUCUGAUGGAACCCCUGAGUCGGAUGACAGGUUCAAACCCUAUAGCUUCUAUCCAUUCGUUGUCUCCCAGUUGUUACGGCAGUUUGAAAGAUGUGCGCAUUGAGAAUUUUGCUUCAAAACAUUUUGUGCAUCUAAUUCCAAAUGACCCAGUUGUCUGCAGCUUGAUACUCUGUAACAGAAAUGAAACAGCAUGGGAUGAAUUGAAGCGUGCCUGUGAAACAGCAGAACAUGUGUUACAGUUAACAAUCAAGGAACCUUUGGCAUUGUUAGGAGGUGGCUGUACGGAAACUCAUUUGGCUUCGUACAUAAGACACAAGACCUGUAAUCUGUCCACCAGCAGUUUUAAAGAUAUGGAUUGUUCUCGGACACAAUACCAAUUGGUUGCUGAUGGAUUUUGCCGUUCUCUGGAGUCUGUAGCUUGCUCUCUGAGUCACGAUGGUGGAGAAACUCUGACGGAUAUGGUUUAUGGACACUGUUGGUUUGUUCCAUCAGGUUUUCCCUCUGUCUCUAAUUGGUCAGAUUUAGUUUCAAAAUGUGGCUGUGGGAUUAAUGGCAGCGCUGAGAAUCUCAACUGGAGGCUUUUGCAAGGCCAGUUUGGCUCUCCUAUUAUACUGGGCUGCCCUAUAGACCCCCCAGUAAAGGUUGCUGACUUUCUGGCACUGGACUGUUUCGCUGCAAAGUGUAGUGGCCUACAAGUAGCUGUAGAGACAGCCAAUCUGAUUUUGGAUCUCUCCUGUGUAAUUGUAGAUCAAAAUUAGCUCUGAUUUUAUGUCAGUUGUGUUGCGCAGCAAGAUACUCAAUUGAAAGCAGGGUAAUACAUAACAUGUUAAGAUAAGUGGUUAGAAUAUGAGUAACAGCCAGAAAUUUUAAAUCAAACAGUUGGCCAUUAAGUACUCUUCUGAUUGUUAAUCUGCUCUGCCCUCAGGCAUUUUCAGAUGUUUAACAUUUUGUUAGAAACUGUUAAAUGAUCAGCCAAGUAUACAGUGAAUCAUAGUAACAUAUGACUUACGCAUAUUCAAAUUAGUGUGUUCAGAAGAGUGAAUGACACUUCAAGAAUUGAGUUUCUCCUUUCUGGGUGAUUUCAAUGUUCUCCUUCAGGAACUAAGUGCUGAAUUUAAGAAGUUCAGUGCAAUAUUCCCUCUGCAUUACACAAAGUUUGGGAUGUUGCUGUUAGUUCUCUGCUUUCUUCAGAGGAAUGGGGAAAAUUGAUUAACUUGCUGAGAAAAUAUGUUAUGGAUUAAAAUCUAUGUCAUCUCAGCAAAAGCUUUACACAUUCAGAUUUUCUUAUUGCAGCACAACUUUAUCACUGGUAUUUUUAAUUUUGGAGGUGAAAAAGAAGGUUUUUCUUGGCAAAUACCUUGAGCCGCUUGUUUUCAAAUUUUGUUCUGAAGAACUUAUCACUACAUGCACUUUGUUUUUAAAUAUAUAUAUAAUUUAUUUAGCAAAUUAUUAAAACUCAACCUGGAGAUCUUAAAGUAGCAGGUAAGCAAUAGAAGAUUUGAAAAGACAUGGCAGACUGUGUGGGAAAAACAUGUAUAAAUUGGACUUUAAUUGUCUCCUGCAGAACACAGGACAUUAUCAAUAAUGAUGUUUCUGUCAGUUAAGCAAAGCUGCAAGAAAGAAUGUUGCACUUAUUAUUCAUUUAACUCUUUGACUGUGCAUCGUUUCUUGUAUUUUAAUGAAGUUUGGCUUUAAGCUGCUGAGACUUGUUUUAAUCUUUCAAUAAGGCUGUAAAUUGCAUGAUGGAAACUUUUUCUCAUUUUCAGCUUGCGUGCAAGAUCAAAACGAGUGUUACAGUUUCUUGCUUAAACUCAUUUUCUUUGCCCCUCUCCCUCUUUAUUUUCAGGCACAAGGGACAAAUUGUUCCUGACAUGUUUUUCCAGAAAACAUCCAAGUUACUUAUAGACAAGCCUGCUUAUUUGUUUCUUGGUCUCUUAAGUUUUUAAUGUAUUUACUGCAUAUAAACAGUAGAAUUGUCUUGUGUAACUCAGUUUUGAAAUGUGUAAUUAAAACCAAAUUGUUCCAGA